CAAAAAAUUCCAUACUUAAUAUAUUUUGCACCAAGUAUCCACACUUAAAAGUAUGUUAUUAUUAUCUAAUAAAAGGUUAGGGAUAAUCUCCUCUGUUUUGUUCUUGUUCCCUCUCAUUACUCCAUCUCAUUUAAUAAAAAAGAAAAGAUAGUAAAAUUAAGAGAGAAAUAUAGUUGUGACGAACAACUUAAACUACCUCAAACCCCUAAUUCUACCUAAGCAUGGCCACUACUAUUAUGCUAUCCACCUCUUUCUCUUCCACACAUCAUCCACCCCUUUUCCGUCCCUCUUCUUCCCUUCCAUCCUCCAAACCAAAACUCACUUCACAUUCCUUCCCUAAUCCCCCAUGUUGGAACACAAAACCACUCUCUUUGCAUCACACCUUCAACUUCACCUCCCUCGCUCGCUCUCUAACAAAGGACCAAGAAAACUCAACCCUCGUCGGCGAGGAUUCCGCAGUAUUCGAUUUAACCAAACAGAAAAUAACCUCCUGGAUUUACUUCACCGCUGUUUUAGGAGUUGUUCUCUUCGUUCUAAACGUAGCUUGGAUCGAUAAUUCAACUGGCUUCAGCAAAUCCUUCGUCGAUGCUGUUUCACGGCUUUCCGAUUCUCACGAGGUGGUAAUGUUGAUCCUAUUUCUCAUAUUCGCUGUUUUCCACAGCGGCAUGGCUAGCCUCCGCGACGCCGGGGAGAAACUCAUCGGAGAAAGAGCUUUUCGUGUUAUUUUCGCAGGGAUAUCACUACCUUUGGCUGUCACUACUGUUGUGUAUUUUAUUAACCAUAGAUAUGAUGGAGUUCAACUCUGGCAGCUUCAGAGUAUUCCUGGGAUUCAUUCAUUUCUGUGGCUUUCAAAUUUCAUAUCUUUCUUUUUUCUGUAUCCUUCGACCUUUAAUCUUUUGGAGGUUGCAGCAGUUGACAAACCUAAAGUACAUCUAUGGGAAACUGGCAUCAUAAGAAUUACCAGGCAUCCACAGGUCCCAGAAGUUUUUAACCGUGUGAUGCAAUCAAGCACGACGCAGUUUACAAGUAUUUCAGAAACCUCGAGCAAAGAUGGCCUCACUAUUAUUUGCUCAAAAAGAGGAGGAGAUGUGUUUAAGCACAAUCAUUCAAGUUGGCUCCAAACAAUGGCUUCUAGUCCUGAAGCAAUCCAUUUCAAGUUUGUUCCUAUUUCAUCACUUCUCACCGGAAUUCCUGGAAGCGGCUAUCUUAGUCAUGCAAUCAAUUUGUAUUUAAGAUAUAAGCCCUCUACGGAAGACUUACAAUAUUUCUUGGAGUUUCAAAUUCCCAGAGAAUGGGCACCCAUGUUUUCUGAGCUUCCAUUGAGGCAUCAAAGGAAAAAACCUCAUUCUCCUCCACUGCAAUUUAGUUUCAUGUCUCCAAAGCUUCAUAUCAACUCUACACAGGUAGUAAGUGAACAAAAACCCGUGGUUGGCCUCCGAUUAUACUUGGAGGGAAGGAAAUGUGAUAAACUUGCAAUACAUAUACAUCAUCUCUCAAGCCUCCCAAAUACAAUGGAACUCUCUUCAACUACUACUAGUACACCUAUGUGGCGAGGAUCCGACAAUGAUGAAUCGAGUGACCAAUUCGCGGAACCAAUAAGAUGCAAGAGAUUCGCGCACGUCUGCACCUCAUUGGUUAAGUAUGACCCUAACUGGUUGCAAGAAUCAAAUUCAACAGGUGUAUAUAUUGUGACCGGUGCUCAACUUAUUAGCAAAGGGAAUUGGCCGAAGAAUAUGCUUCAUUUGCGCCUUCUCUACACUCACAUACCGAAUUGCAGCAUCAGGAAAACCGAAUGGGCUUCUGCGCCAGAAGCUUCGAGAAAAUCAUCUUUCUUUACAAAUCUGAGCACAACAUUUUCAUUCACACAACAAAGUGUCACUGCUACUCAGAAACAGGCUGCUCCAACUGCACUCAACUCUGGUGUUUAUCCGGAUGGUCCGCCCGUGCCUGUUCGUUCUGCUAAAAUGCUUAAAUAUGUAGAGACGAGCGAGGUUUUGCGCGGCCCACAUGAUGCUCCUGGGCAUUGGUUGGUAAUUGCUGCUAAGCUUGUGACAGAAGUUGGAAAAAUUGGAUUACAGGUCAAGUUUGCAUUGUUAGAUUACUAGUGAUAGAUUAACCGAGACUAUACAUUAAUUAUUCGAUAAAUCUAAAAAGUAAUUCUUCUCUUAUGUAAAUGUAAUUUUUUGAUGAACUAAGUACAUAUUAUAUGAUAGUUUUGUACAGUAUACAAAAUGAUUGGGAGUGAUUGAUUUUCCCAAUAGAAAAACCAAAUGUGGCUAUUCUGCAUUCAUUCAUUUUACUAGUUUGCAAUCAAGAAUUAUCAACCAU